AUGAGUGAAACAACAAAGACGUUGAGAUAUGUCGAUAUUGGCAUCAACCUUGGUGACCCUGUCUUCAGGGGCAGCUAUAAUGGCAAGCAAGUCCAUGAUGAUGAUCUAGCAGACAUCAUACAGCGCGCUCGUGAAGCUGGCUGCGAGAAGUUCAUGGUGACUGGAUCGGACCUGGAAGAAUCGCGGCAUGCUGUACAACUUGCUCGUGAUUAUCCUGGGUUAUGCUACGGUACUGUUGGAGUGCACCCCUGUCAGGCAAACCACUUCGACAAGCACCCAGGUGGCCCCUCAAAGUUGCUGGAAGAGCUGAAAGCCCUCGCCCUGGAAGCUAAAGAAUCAGGUCUUGCCGUCGCUUUUGGUGAAAUUGGACUCGACUAUGACCGACUCUUCUUGAGCGCAAAAGAACCGCAACUGAAGUACUUUGAGGCACAACUAGAUCUGGCUGUCGAGAUCCAACUUCCGCUUUUCCUCCACUCGCGAGCGGCCAGUGAGGACUUCGAACGAUUGCUUGCCUCUAGACUCGACAAAUUGCCAAAGAAGGGCCUCGUUCACAGUUUUACGGGCACGGUGGAGGAGAUGCAGAGGUUGGUUGCAAUGGGUCUCGAUAUCGGUGUCAACGGAUGUAGUAUGAAGACGGAAGAAAAUCUGGAAGUCGUAAAGGCGAUUCCGUUGGAGAGAAUACAGAUAGAGACUGAUGGUCCCUGGUGUGAGAUUCGACCCUCACACGCCUCAGCGAAGUACCUACAAGGGGCCCCGGAGCUACCCAAGGCGGUUAAGAAGGAGAAGUUUCAGAAGGGAUGCAUGGUGAAGGGCAGAAAUGAGCCUGUCGCCAUCAGUCAUGUUGCGCAAGUUAUUGCCAACGUGAAGGGGAUUUCAGUCGAGGAGGUCUGCGAAACUGCGUGGAAUAACUCGAUAAAGAUGUUCGGAUUGGGCGUCAAGUCCUCAUAA